AAGAAGCAGAAAAACCAAAACAGUCGUCUUUUGUGCCAUCAGCCCGGGAAGGAAAAAUCCAUUCUAAAAGCGAAAGGGCUGUGUGAUUCAUCUCGUGCGUGCUAAUCCAAAAUAUCUCGCAGAAGGUUUUGAGUGAAAUUUAACCGGAAACAAAGCGAUGACCAGCAAAAACAUUCUGCAGUCGGUACGGGAGGACGAUUUCGUCGAAUAUUGGCUCUUUCCGACCGGGUUGGAGCGAAAGGAUGUGUCGCUGGAGAACUGCGAAUCUCAGCUGGAGGAGUUACAGGCAGAGGUCAACAAACUAGCACGGGAUUAUUGCCGUCGCUACAUUUGGCAUCGAGAUGGGUUCAAGGUCGUAAUCCGGAAGGGCGAUCGCGUGCAGCGACUGCUGAUUGAAGCUAGUACCGAUCAGGAAGUGCCUGCAGUCCAACUACCGUUGCAUCUUUACGGUAUCACACACUACGGCGAUAACGUGCAAGACGAAUGGUUCAUAGUUUCAUUGCUGUUUCAUCUUACGCGCCGCAUCCCCGGUUUGCUGGCACGGGUUGUCGAUUCGGACGGUGAAUUUAUGCUGAUAGAAGCCGCCGAACAUUUGCCUCGUUGGGCAAAUCCGGAACGUUGCGAGGGUCGGGUUUUCAUUUACGACGGAGGUCUGUUUCUCAUUGGAACAGAGGACCAGAAAGAGGCUUUUGCGAUGGACCGGGUCGUACAGGAGCUGAAAUCGGAAACGCGUUCCAAAUGGGCCGUUGCUGAAGAAAUCCAAUCAUGUAUCGACGAUAGAAUUAAAGAUUUUCCGGAUAAAAUCGAAGAGCAUCAUCACCGGGCAACUCUGUACGUUCCCGUUGGCGUUGCCGCAGCGUUAAAGGAAAAUCCUCAACUGAUAUCAGCUGCUGUAUUGGCGUUCUGCAAUCGUGAUCCCAUCGAUCUGAAAGCAUGUCGGGCGAUGCGAUUCUUUCCGCCGGAGAACUGCGUCUAUACCAGUGCCGUCUUCACCAAAUGUCUUUAUGCAAUGUUGAUGCACAGCAAUUACCUACCAGAUCGGAGGACCGGUUGGAGUAUACCGUUGGCCAACGACUCGAACCAUAAGGCGCACAUGUUAGGCUUAAAGCUGGCCUGUGGGUUUGAAAUUUUGGCAUCACAGGCAAAGUCGUCCCAGGCUCUAGAUAUGGACAAAGGAUGGCAGAGUUAUUUUGAAUUGCUGAAAGCUAAAGGAUACUUCCAGGAUAACAUUGACGGAUCUCAGGAACACACUCGUCUAUUGAAAAUAGCCCAAGAAUACUAUCAAGAAAAUCGCGAUUCGAUGAGAUUUACACCUAAAAUCGGUGAAGAAAUCGUAUCGAUUCUAAAAAAGAACGACUUCGACGUGGACGACCUUCGCCAACAAGGCCUCAACCUGCCGGUUCCCGACGACGACAGCUGGAUGAAUAUAUCUUCCAAGGAACUUGACCAAAUGCUGACGGACCGUUACGGCAGCAGGCAGCUUUUUUCGCUGAAUGGUAAUUCCAAUCCCGAGACAUUUACCACCCUGGUGAACGAAUUUCUCGAACAGAAGAGUGAAUUCGAUGGAGUGGAUCAGGACGCCGCCGCUGCUCAGCUAGAUCUGGGAGCUUUCAACCCAGUGAAGCCAAAGCGUACCAAAAGUAAGGCCAAAGCAGACUUGCAGAAUAACCUUCCACAGCCAUCGCCUCUGCAUCAACCGAUUGACUUCGAUCCGGACGCCUUCGGUGCCCAUGUCAAGCACAUGCUAGAUCUAGUUAUUCCGGAUGAUCGUUGGGAUUCCUCGGAUGCUUCCGACAUGAGCGAUUACGACGAAGAAGCUUACGACCAAAACAUCGAGGACAUGGCUUCAUCGCGGAAGACAAAGGGUGCCAAGAACGAGCUUCAAACUUACAUGGACCAAAUGGAUCGCGAGCUGGCCAAUACAACGAUCGGAAAGAGUUUCGAAACGGACAUAAACGAAAUAAAUCGGGAGGACGGCGAUGCCAUACGGCAGUCCGAUUUGGACGACUUUGAUGACAUCGAGAGCUUCAAGCCGGUCAACAUUGACGUGAACGUGCUGAAGAACAUGAUGGAAAGUUACCAGUCGCAGAUCGGAGGUCCGGGGCCGGCCGCAAAUCUGCUUGGCUCGAUGGGUGUUCAUCUGUCGAGGGCUUCCAGUGGACCAUCGAAAACAAAAUCAGGGAACACGAAACAAACAGACGUAUGAACUAGCGCGUGCCAUGUUGUUCAAUAUUUCUCCCGCUAAUGAAAAGCUUGUUUAUUAGGAAUUUCCCUCAUUGCAAUUCGCAAUCAAUUGAAUUAGAUAGGUAAAAUAUAAAGUACAUAUAUCAUGAUUAGUUUUAGAGUGUCUGCCGAUUCUGAAUGCAACGACUUUCUAUUUUCCUAUUGAACCUCACCAUAGUUAGCAUAGGUACCUAAUUUUAAGAACUUUUUUUUCCAUUAUCCGCGGAAAUGAUUUGCGUCCAGGUUUCACGUUUUAAGAGCACUAAAUCUCGGCAGAUUGUUCAUCCAUGCUUCUCAUAUUCUUAACUCAAACAAGACCUGAUCGAUGAAUUAUUGCUGAUGUCGCUUCACGUAGUGAUAAGAUUAGCAAUCCUAAAAUCGCCGAAAAAAUAGAUUUUAAACGUUCUACCUUAGGCAGUGAGCCAUAGGGAGUAUUGUCGACCAAUCAGUAGUUAAUCAUUCGCCAAAUGAAUGUAUUUUGAGCACGUACUAUUUAGCAUCUUAAAAGAUAUGUGAAGGCCAUAAAAACUGCAGCUUAUUUUUAUAUUGUUAGUUGGAUUUAUCCUGUUUCAGAAUUUAAAACAUGACAUUUUAAACCGGUGAUCACGAACUAGGAAUGCAGUGCAUUUGUACUUUAUCCAUAUAUUGUAGGUAAAAUAGAUUUGCUUGUAAAGUCUUCUAAUAAGACUUGUUGACAAA